AGCAAAAACACAAGUCACAGACAUAUUUGGAAAGACAAAGUACAAUGUAAGACCACAUUUGGGAUUGGAAUCAAAUGUUCAAGCAGAUGAGCUAAAACGUGGACAUGCUAUAGAAAGUGCUCGAUGUCAAAACAAUGAAGGAUACCAGUUCCUUGAUCUUGAAGUCAUUUUGCAGCAGAUUCCUGUCGCUCAACCGGUUUCACGUCAAGGAAUAUUUUCCUUUGCAGUUGGACUUCGUGCGAGUCGCACACGCGCGCCAGCCAACCGGCGUCUCCGCGUACACGCGAAGUUUGUCCAAGUGGAGUUGCCGUACAACUCCUGCUUGCUGCAGAGACCAUUCUGUUGACGUUUUGUGGAACCGCACACGUUUUCAUCAAGAAUUCUUCCCGAAAUAUACUGAAGCUGUGAAAGAAGAAGAGUACGAGGGCGAACUUUGUGGAUCGAAAGAGGAGAACGAGCGACGACGUCGACCAGUGGACGCCGCUUUCAAGUCUCAAGCUGCGUUACACGGAACAGACAUCGGUGAAGAAUAUCUUUGUCCUGCGCAGGAAGAACCACGCGUUAGCGACGAAGGGGUGGAUGACAUCAUCCGGUUGCCAUUGAUUGGUCUCCCUUUGAAGAGUGAAGAUGAUGACGGCAAAGGUCCAAGUGAGGAGCACAGAGUGGCUGAGCCUCCGAGCAACAGCUCGAGUCAACACACGACAAGAGAAAGUGACGGAGACCACUGCGGAGGAUCACAAGCGGACAGCCCAUUAUUAGCUCCGCUAUCGGAUAGUGGCGUCACAAUGUCUGACACUAAUGAUGAGGAACACUCCAAUGGUGAUGUGACAUUUCGCAGUGACUACAAACACGUCAAAUGUUCUCAGUGUAACAAAACCUUUUUCAACAAGUCCUCGUUGAAAAGACACCUGCGAACGCACACUGGAGAGAAACCUUUUUCCUGCUCGGUUUGUGGUCUUAAGGUGACGCAGAAGAGUAGUUUAACGAAUCACAUGAGAACGCACAGUGGAGAGAAACCUUUCGCCUGCCCAGUCUGCAACUUAACGUUUCAGGAGUCGUUCAUAUUUAAGAACGCACACGCGGAUACACACUGGGGAGAAACCAUUUUCUUGUUCAGCUUGUGGAAAAAGAUUCUCUCUAAAUGGAGAUUUACGAGCACACACAAGAACACACACUGGGGAGAAACCUUUUCUUUGCUCACUUUGUGGAAAAAGAUUCACCCGGAAGGGGACAUUUGA